UCUUCCGUGGCUGUGUCUACCAGGCGCAAUGCGCAACGCCCAGACGCGCCAUCGGUUCAAUACAGAUGGGGACCUACCUACCUCCCCGGUAUUGUAUAAUAUAUCUAUCCAAUAUACCUGGUUAUCCCGAGCUACCUAGGUACUAAGUAUAUCGUUAUAGCCGGUGUCAAUUUUCUACGCCAGUACCGUCUUAUCCCGUGCGUCAUAGAGGAUGCCUUGUCUGGUAGGUACAAACGCGAUGUUACUGCCAAGGACUACGCAAUACUCGACCUGUCCAUCGUCACCCAGGUUGGAUACCUUUCGAACGUCGAAAUACCUCAGCAGCAGCCAUACUGACAACAACGCAUCCGCGGGACACGCACGGCCACACAGUCUACCCGAAUCCACUAUCGUGGUCUUCCUUGGAAUUCCAAUACCCUAGCCGAGCAUUCCGGACAGCCUUAACUCGGGUCCCCCUCCUGGUUUCCCCUCUAAAGCGCACGCGACUCCUCUGUUCUCCUACCCCGUACCGUUUCGGCCCGCGCCGAGAGACCGUAAAGGACGAAGCCUCGCGAAACUCUCGUCCACGUAGUCAUGACAUCGACCGCUGCCGUCAUAGGGAGCACCGGGCUCACCGGCAGCUACAUCUUGUCCACCCUCCUCAGCCUCGACGCCUUCAAGGCUAUCCAUACCAUCUCCCGACGAGCCCCCAACGCCGAGUCGCCCAAACUGGCUGCCACCAUCGAGGCCGACACUGCCAAGUGGGCAUCGAGCCUCUCGUCCAUCAAGCCCACGCCGGCCACGGUCUUCUCCGCCCUAGGAACAACGCGAGCCCAAGCCGGUGGCAUCGCGAACCAGUGGAAGAUUGAUCACGACUUAAACGUCGAGAUCGCCAAAGCCGCGCGCGCCGCUGGAGUCAAGACGUACGUAUUCAUAUCCUCGACCGGCACACGAAAUCUCGUCAGCAGCCAGCUUCCCUACUCCAAGAUGAAGAUCGGGGUCGAGGAUUCGAUCAAGGAGCUCGCAUUCGAACAAGCUAUCAUCGUGCGACCGGGGGCCAUCCUCGGCGAGCGCGAGGUCGCCCACACCGGCGGCGCCUUUAUCAACACCUUCAUCCACGGCCUCGGCAGCACUCUUGGCCGCGGCUGGCAAGACAAGCUGGGCCAGGAUGCCGACGUGAUCGGACGCGCUGCCGUGCGUGCCGCCGUACUAGCGGCCGAGGGCAAGGCGCCUAGCCAGUACUGGGUCCUAGAGCCAGCCGACAUCGUCAAGCUCGGCAGAGACGAGUGGAAGGCGUAGGCCAGUGAGAGAGGCGGGGCCUGGGAAGAUAAUCGGGCUCGCCGUUGUCCUCUUGGAACUAACUACCUAUCUAUGUAUCUGGCAGUUGCGGCGUCUGGCGCGUAGGAUAUCCUCACGAAGGGGUUUGGGAAGGACGAGGAAUGAAAUAGGACCUGUAAGACAACAUGAAGCCGGUUCAAAAUCCCUGCCACAGUACAGCACCCUCCACAUUCGGUCCAGAUACCCUGUUCUCUAGUUGUAUUGUGCAUUAACCAUGCUGUUACCUAGUUUUUUACGUUCACGUUGUUACUGUUAUGUAGCGCCCAGUGCAAGUCAAUAGACGGAACUCGUCUCUCUAUGCAACCAGAACUCAUACCUAGCAAGACCCUGUAACUUGUGCUCUAACGAAUGUUAUUUUACGAGGACGCUAGACUUCUGCCUCGAGGAGACACACUACCACAUCCCAGCAAGGUGAAAGAAGGGGCAUCAACAUACGAAUGACAAGGAAACUGUAGCGGAGCCGUAAAAGGCACUGUACAAUCGAUCUUACCACUCCGUUCCCCACUGUGAGCACUCUAUUCGCAGGAAUGGUUACGCGAGGUUGUCAGUCUGGGGUGCGUGUAACGGCACGAUAUGCCCACUCAUCGAUAGGUAGUGUAGGUUCUACAGUCUAACCCGUGAGAGGC